GAUUUUUGAGUGCGCCGCGCUAAGAUGAAACUAUUUGUGAACGGAAUUUUGUUGCUGCUGCUGAUGCUGGCAGCAAUGUUGCUGCCAACCACAGAGGCAGCUGUUGCACGUGGCAUAUUCAAGGAUCCGGCACAUCCCGGCAAGUGCUACAUCAAGCCCAAUCUCAUAUUGAAUCCGGGUGAGCGUGCCAAAUAUCCCGAUAUGGAAUGUGCGCGCAUUAUAUGUGCAGAGCAUAGCAUGGCCGAAAUACACACCUGCGGCGUGGAGGCCCCGCCCCCUGGCUGCAAGAUGGGCGCCACAAAAUUCCCCAAUGCCGAUUAUCCCAAGUGCUGCGAACGUGAAAUCAUUUGUGUCAACGACUGCGCUGCUAAAUACACAGCGAGCAGCUAAAAAUAAAACGCCCACCAAAAAAACACAGAAAACAGAAAACUUUAGCGCUGGGAAAACCCGCUUUUACGAAGUCAUCUAGCGUUUAAAUUUACAGACAGGCACUUUACUUCAUAAACAACAUCCAGAACAACAUUAUAUACAAAGUCUAGAGGCAGAACAUCUUCGAACUUUGCUUCAUUUUGCACCAAAACUGAACAUGGAGAAGAAUUCACAGACUUCAAAGAACAAACAUCAUAUAUAAACAUCACAUAAAAACACAACUUCAAAGUACACAAAUGCUUUUAAGCAACGUUGUCUACAUAAAGUUAACAUGGAGAACAACCAAAAAAUAGCGCAG